AUCCUGAAGCAGGAAUGGCCCAAGCACUGGCCCACGUUCAUCAGUGACAUCGUGGGAGCCAGCCGCACCAGCGAGAGCCUCUGUCAGAACAACAUGAUCAUCUUGAAGCUGCUCAGCGAGGAGGUGUUUGACUUCUCUAGUGGACAGAUGACCCAGGUCAAGGCCAAGCACCUCAAAGACAGGUCAUAUAGAAAUAUACUGGAUAUCUUAAUAUAGUAUAUCUUUUUUAUAUACAUUUGUAAUAAUGUUUUAUAUACCAUUUAGCAGACGCAUUGAUCCAAAGCCACUUAGUCAUGCGUAUAUACAUUUUCCGUAUGGGUGGCCCCGGGAAUCGAACCAACAAUCCUGGCUUUGCAUGCGCCAUGCUCUACCAACUGAGCCAUACAUACAGGACCACACUCUUGUAUAUAAUGUAGCACCUCAAAGCUGUUAGCGCCAUGCUCUAACCCGAGAGCUGUUAGCGCUGUGCUCUACCGAGAGCUGUUAGCGCCGUGCUCUACCGAGAGCUGUUAGCGCCGUGCUCUACCGAGAGCUGUUAGCGCCGUGCUCUACCGAGAGCUGUUAGCACCGUGCUCUACCGAGAGCUGUUAGCCCCCGUGCUCUCUACCGAGAGCUGUUAGCGCCGUGCUCUACCGAGAGCUGUUAGCGCCGUGCUCUACCGAGAGCUGUUAGCGCCGUGCUAUACCGAGAGCUGUUAGCGCCGUGCUCUACCGAGAGCUGUUAGCGCCGUGCUCUACCGAGAGCUGUUAGCGCCGUGCUCUACCGAGAGCUGUUAGCGCCGUGCUCUACCGAGAGCUGUUAGCGCCGUGCUCUACCAAAAUGUUAGUAUAGCUGAGAAAAGACUAGAACUUAAAACAUAGCGGUCUUCUGAUAUGCGCAGUGUGAAUGCUUCCAGGUAGCAGACUCGCUGUGCAUAUCAGAAGAUUAGGCAAUGUUAUCAUUGUGGAUCCUGAGAUCUGAUAAUCAGUGCAGUGGGUCUGCAGUAAAGACAACCUGGAAUGCGCCCCUUGUCUGCAUCUCAGACAGUAAUGCCCUACAUACAGUGGGGAAAAAAAGUAUUUAGUCAGCCACCAAUUGUGCAAGUUCUCCCACUUAAAAAGAUGAGAGAGGCCUGUAAUUUUCAUCAUAGGUACACGUCAACUAUGACAGACAAAUUGAGAAAAAGAAAUCCAGAAAAUCACAUUGUAGGAUUUUUAAUGAAUUUAUUUGCAAAUUAUGGUGGAAAAUAAGUAUUUGGUCACCUACAAACAAGCAACAUUUCUGGCUCUCACAGACCUGUAACUUCUUUAAGAGGCUCCUCUGUCCUCCACUCGUUACCUGUAUUAAUGGCACCUGUUUGAACUUGUUAUCAGUAUAAAAGACACCUGUCCACAACCUCAAACAGUCACACUCCAAACUCCACUAUGGCCAAGACCAAAGAGCUGUCAAAGGACACCAGAAACAAAAUUGUAGACCUGCACCAGGCUGGGAAGACUGAAUCUGCAAUAGCUAAGCAGCUUGGUUUGAAGAAAUCAACUGUGGGAGCAAUUAUUAGUAAAUGGAAGACAUACAAGACCACUGAUAAUCUCCCUCGAUCUGGGGCUCCACGCAAGAUCUCACCCCGUGGGGUUAAAAUGAUCACAAGAACGGUGAGCAACAAUCCCAGAACCACACGGGGGGACCUAGUGAAUCACCUGCAGAGAGCUGGGACCAAAGUAACAAAGCCUACCAUCAGUAACACACUACGCCGCCAGGGACUCAAAUCCUGCAGUGCCAGACGUGUCCCCCUGCUUAAGCCAGUACAUGUCCAGGCCCGUCUGAAGUUUGCUAGAGUGCAUUUGGAUGAUCCAGAAGAGGAUUGGGAGAAUGUUAUAUGGUCAGAUGAAACCAAAAUAGAACUUUUUGGUAAAAACUCAACUUGUCGUGUUUGGAGGACAAAUAAUGCUGAGUUGCAUCCAAAGAACACCAUACCUACUGUGAAGCAUGGGGGUGGAAACAUCAUGCUUUGGGGCUGUUUUUCUGCAAAGGGACCAGGACGACUGAUCCGUGUAAAGGAAAGAAUGAAUGGGGCCAUGUAUCGUGAGAUUUUUAGUGAAAACCUCCUUCCAUCAGCAAGGGCAUUGAAGAUGAAACGUGGCUGGGUCUUUCAGCAUGACAAUGAUCCCAAACACACCGCCCGGGCAACGAAGGAGUGACUUCGUAAGAAGCAUUUCAAGGUCCUGGAGUGGCCUAGCCAGUCUCCAGAUCUCAACCCCAUAGAAAAUCUUUGGAGGGAGUUGAAAGUCCAUGUUGCCCAGCGACAGCCCCAAAACAUCACUGCUCUAGAGGAGAUCUGCAUGGAGGAAUGGGCCAAAAUACCAGCAACAGUGUGUGAAAACCUUGUGAAGACUUACAGAAAACGUUUGACCUGUGUCAUUGCCAACAAAGGGUAUAUAACAAAGUAUUGAGAAACUUUUGUUAUUAACCAAAUACUUAUUUUCCACCAUAAUUUGCAAAUAAAUUCAUUAAAAAUCCUACAAUGUGAUUUUCUGGAUUUUUUUUUCUCAUUUUGUCUGUCAUAGUUGACGUGUACCUAUGAUGAAAAUUACAGGCCUCUCUUAUCUUUUUAAGUGGGAGAACUUGCACAAUUGGUGGCUGACUAAAUACUUUUUUCCCCCACUGUAUCUCAGAGACUAGUAAACUCUCACCACAAUCAAUAGGCAAGAAUGUCUGCACCAUAGAGUUCUAUUAUCUGGUAUGAGCUAUGCUGUCCUCCAAUGACACUUAAAGACAGAUGGAAUUGCAAAUCAAAAUAGAAAUAGAAAUCAAGUACUGAAUCUGUCGUAACACUCACCAUGUCUCUCUUUCAGCAUGUGCAACGAAUUCUCCCAGAUAUUCCAGCUCUGCCAGUUUGUCAUGGUAUGUGAAGCCUCUUCCUUUACCACAGACCAUUUUAUUAUAUAUUAUAUUAUAAACUGGGUGGUUUGAGCCCUGAAUGCUGAUUGGCUGAAAGCCGUGGUUUAUCAGACCGUAUACCAUGGGUAUGACAACAUGUAUUUUUACUGUUCUAAUUACGUUAGUAACCAGUUUAUAAUAGCAAUAAGGCACCUCUGGGGUUUGUGGUAUAUGGCCAAUAUACCACGGCAAAUGGCUGUAUCCAGGCACUCUGCGUUGUGUCGUGCAUAAGAACAGCCCUUAGCCGUGGUAUAUUGGCCAUAUACCACACCUCCUCAGGCCUUGUUGCUUAAAUAAUAUUUGCCAUUUAGCAGAUGCUUUUAUCCAAAGCGACUUACAGUCAUGCUUGCAUACAUUUUACGUACGGGUGGUCCCGGGAAUCAAACCCACAAUCCUGAUGUUUCAAGUGCCAUGCUCUACCAACUGAGUUACAGAGGACAUAAACAUAAAUGCUACUUUUCCUCAUCUCCCCUCCUCUGUUAUGGUCUCCAGGAGAAUUCCCAGAAUGCACCACUGGUCCACGCCACUCUAGAAACGCUGCUGAGGUUUCUCAACUGGAUUCCUCUGGGGUACAUUUUUGAGACCAAACUCAUCAGCACGCUCGUCUACAAGGUAGCUACCUCUCUCUCUCUCUCUCUGUUCACAUCCGUCUCUAGUUCACUGCCAUGGUCUAAAUUCACCCAUUUCCUAGGCGCUUGUGUAGGUAGACCACUAGGUGUGAAAGGAUUUCCUAGGCCCUUGUGUAGGUAGACCACUAGGUGUGAAAGGAUUUCCUAGGCGCUUGUGUAGGUAGACCACUAGGUGUGAAAGGAUUUCCUAGGCCCUUGUGUAGGUAGACCACUAGGUGUGAAAGGAUUGGAUAGUUUCCAUCUAGCCUAACCGAGGGCAAGGUAAAGCUAUUGCCGUAUUGCAAAUACCAGUCCUUUUUAGAGUGUAGGGCAGUGUUUCCCAAACUUGGUCCUGGGGACCCAAAGGGGUGCACAUUUGGCCCUAGCACUACACAGCUGACUCAAAUAAUCAAUUCAUCACCGAGCUUUGAUUAUUUGAAUCAGCUGUGUAGUGCUAGGGCAAAAACCAAAACGUGCACCCCUUGGGUUCCCCGGGACUGAGUUUGGGAAACCCUGGUCUAGGGCUUGUUUCUGGACAGGCCCUCUCUCUCCAACACAUGGGUUGUAUUCUUCAGGUCAAGCACACCGAUCGUAGCAAAACAUGUUGCAACGGAAAACAAGCGUUUCAGUCUGUUUUCUUCUGUUUGGUGCCUAAUGAAUACAACCCUGGAACGUUAAUGGAGAAGAUGAGUGAUUCCUCUUUUAUAAAUCCAUUUCUGGGAGCAUUCAGACAGAAGAGGACUGGCCACCCCUCAUAGCCUGGUUCCUCUCUACCCAGUACAGCCAGGAGAGGACUGGCCACCCCUCUGAGCCUGGUUCCUCUCUACCCAGUACAGCCAGGAGAGGACUGGCCACCCCUCAGAGCCUGGUUCCUCUCUACCCAGUACAGCCAGGAGAGGACUGGCCACCCCUCUGAGCCUGGUUCCUCUCUACCCAGUACAGCCAGGAGAGGACUGGCCACCCCUCAGAGCCUGGUUCCUCUCUACCCAGUACAGCCAGGAGAGGACUGGCCACCCCUCUGAGCCUGGUUCCUCUCUACCCAGUACAGCCAGGAGAGGACUGGCCACCCCUCUGAGCCUGGUUCCUCUCUACCCAGUACAGCCAGGAGAGGACUGGCCACCCCUCAGAGCCUGGUUCCUCUCUACCCAGUACAGCCAGAAGAGGACUGGCCACCCCUCUGAGCCUGGUUCCUCUCUACCCAGUACAGCCAGGAGAGGACUGGCCACCCCUCUGAGCCUGGUUCCUCUCUACCCAGUACAGCCAGGAGAGGACUGGCCACCCCUCUGAGCCUGGUUCCUCUCUACCCAGUACAGCCAGGAGAGGACUGGCCACCCCUCAGAGCCUGGUUCCUCUCUACCCAGUACAGCCAGGAGAGGACUGGCCACCCCUCUGAGCCUGGUUCCUCUCUACCCAGUAGAGCCAGGAGAGGACUGGCCACCCCUCAGAGCCUGGUUCCUCUCUACCCAGUACAGCCAGGAGAGGACUGGCCACCCCUCAGAGCCUGGUUCCUCUCUACCCUGUACAGCCAGGAGAGGACUGGCCACCCCUCAGAGCCUGGUUCCUCUCUACCCUGUAGAGCCAGGAGAGGACUAGCCACCCCUCAGAGCCUGGUUCCUCUCUACCCUGUAGAGCCAGGAGAGGACUGGCCACCCCUCAGAGCCUGGUUCCUCUCUACCCAGUACAGCCAGGAGAGGACUGGCCACCCCUCUGAGCCUGGUUCCUCUCUACCCAGUAGAGCCAGGAGAGGACUGGCCACCCCUCAGAGCCUGGUUCCUCUCUACCCAGUACAGCCAGGAGAGGACUGGCCACCCCUCAGAGCCUGGUUCCUCUCUACCCUGUACAGCCAGGAGAGGACUAGCCACCCCUCAGAGCCUGGUUCCUCUCUACCCUGUAGAGCCAGGAGAGGACUAGCCACCCCUCAGAGCCUGGUUCCUCUCUACCCAGUACAGCCAGGAGAGGACUGGCCACCCCUCAGAGCCUGGUUCCUCUGUACCCAGUACAGCCAGGAGAGGACUGGCCACCCCUCUGAGCCUGGUUCCUCUCUACCCUGUACAGCCAGGAGAGGACUGGCCACCCCUCAGAGCCUGGUUCCUCUCUACCCAGUACAGCCAGGAGAGGACUGGCCACCCCUCUGAGCCUGGUUCCUCUCUACCCAGUACAGCCAGGAGAGGACUGGCCACCCCUCAGAGCCUGGUUCCUCUCUACCCUGUACAGCCAGGAGAGGACUAGCCACCCCUCAGAGCCUGGUUCCUCUCUACCCUGUAGAGCCAGGAGAGGACUAGCCACCCCUCAGAGCCUGGUUCCUCUCUACCCAGUACAGCCAGGAGAGGACUGGCCACCCCUCUGAGCCUGGUUCCUCUCUACCCAGUACAGCCAGGAGAGGACUGGCCACCCCUCAGAGCCUGGUUCCUCUCUAGGUUUCUUCCUAGGUUCCUGCCAAGGGACUUUCACUAGCCACUGUGCUUCUACAUCUCCAUUGCUUGCUCUUUGGGGUUUUAGGCUGGGUAUCUGCAAAGCACUUUGUGACAACUGCUGAUGUAAAAAGGGAUUUAUAAAAUACAUUUGAUUGGUUGAUUCUGUAGUUCCUGAACGUGCCGAUGUUCCGUAACGUGACGUUGAAGUGUCUGACGGAGAUCGCCGGCGUCAGUGUCAGCCAAUACGAGGAGCAGUUUGUCAACCUCUUUACCCUCACCAUGUGUCAGCUCAAACAGGUACACACACACACACACAGUGCUCCCAGCAGGUGUGGAUCCCACUGUUGCCAACAAAUGUAACACACACACACACACACAUCAACACCCCCUGCACACACACACUUUUCAGUCAAUCACACAUACCUUCCUAAUCGCCGAUGUGUCCCUCCCCAGAUGCUCCCCCUGAACACCAACAUCCGCCUGGCCUAUUCCAACGGUAAGGAUGAUGAGCAGAACUUCAUCCAGAACCUCAGCCUGUUCCUCUGCACCUUCCUGAAGGAGCACGGACAGCUCAUUGAGAAGAGGCCCAACCUCCGAGAGACACUCAUGGAGGUAAGAAACAUACAACUGAUUAUUCUGCCCUUACAACAACAGUUUCUCCCAAAACUGGUCUUACUUGAUUCAAGCCACUGGUUACAUCCUGGGACUGGUUGGGUGAUAAAGGAGGACAUCGGAAAAGGCCUGGUUUUCUUUACAACUCUUAUUUCCAUGCAACAAAGUUUCUCCUGAAACUUCACUUUUUACUUCCCUGGCAAGUUUCAGUUUCAAGUGUCCGUGUCAGUAGGCUUCAGAAAGGAAAAGGUUGAGAGGCCCUGUUUAUACUGUUCUCUCUCUGACUGCACCUGUCCUCUCUGACUGCGCCUGUCCUCUCUGACUGCGCCUGUCCUCUCUGACUGCGCCUGUCCUCUCUGACUGCGCCUGUCCUCUCUGACUGCGCCUGUCCUCUCUGACUGCGCCUGUCCUCUCUGACUGCGCCUGUCCUCUCUGACUGCGCCUGUCCUCUCUGACUGUGCCUGUCCUCUCUCCAAGCUCUCUGACUGUGCCUGUCCUCUCUCCAAGCUCUCUGACUGUGCCUGUCCUCUCUCCAAGCUCUCUGACUGUGCCUGUCCUCUCUCCAAGCUCUCUGACUGUGCCUGUCCUCUCUCCAAGCUCUCUGACUGUGCCUGUCCUCUCUCCAAGCUCUCUGACUGUGUCUGUCCUCUCUCCAAGCUCUCUGACUGUGCCUGUCCUCUCUCCAAGCUCUCUGACUGUGCCUGUCCUCUCUCCAAGCUCUCUGACUGUGCCUGUCCUCUCUCCAAGCUCUCUGACUGUGCCUGUCCUCUCUCCAGCUCUCUGACUGUGCCUGUCCUCUCUCCAAGCUCUCUGACUGUGCCUGUCCUCUCUCCAAGCUCUCUGACUGUGCCUGUCCUCUCUCCAAGCUCUCUGACUGUGUCUGUCCUCUCUCCAAGCUCUCUGACUGUGCCUGUCCUCUCCAAGCUCUCUGACUGUGCCUGUCCUCUCUCCAAGCUCUGACUGUGCCUGUCCUCUCUCCAAGCUCUCUGACUGUGCCUGUCCUCUCUCCAAGCUCUCUGACUGUGCCUGUCCUCUCUCCAAGCUCUCUGACUGUGCCUGUCCUCUCUCCAAGCUCUCUGACUGUGCCUGUCCUCUCUCCAAGCUCUCUGACUGACUCAAGCCACUGGCCAUGACCUGAAACUGGGUGUUCAAUGGAGAAAAGGACAUUUGAAAAGUAGUUUAGUUUACUUUAUUUAUUUGCACAAAAAAAGUGAAAGUUGUGCAGGUAGGUUGGAAACCAAAGAGGGCUUAUAUGAAAACCACUAAACAGUGUAUAUACAUAGAUUAUUCAAAUUAAACAAAGUAACCUCUCCUCACCCCACCUCCCCUCUCUCCUCACCCCCCCUCCCCUCUCUCCUCACCCCCUCACCCCUUCUCUCCUCACCCCCUCUCCCCUCUCCCCUCACCCCCUCUCUCCUCACCACCCUCUCCCCUCUCUCCUCACCCCCACCUCCCCUCUCUCCUCACCCCCCCUCCCCUCUCUCCUCACCCCCCCUCCCCCUCCCUCUCCUCACCCCCUCUCCCCUCUCUCCUCACCCCCUCUCCCCUCUCUCCUCACCCCCUCUCCCCUCUCUCCUCAGGCACUCCACUACAUGCUACUGGUGUCUGAGGUAGAGGAGACAGAGAUCUUUAAGAUCUGUCUGGAGUACUGGAACCACCUGGCUGCAGAGCUCUACAGGGAGAGUCCCUUCUCCACCUCCACCUCCCCCCUGCUGUCCGGAUCACAACACUUUGAUGUCCCGCCUCGCAGACAGCUCUACCUGCCUGUGCUCUCUAAGGUGAGGAGACAGACAGCUCUACCUGCCUGUGCUCUCUAAGGUGAGGAGACAGACAGCUCUACCUGCCUGUGCUCUCUAAGGUGAGGAGACAGACAGCUCUACCUGCCUGUGCUCUCUAAGGUGAGGAGACAGACAGCUCUACCUGCCUGUGCUCUCUAAGGUGAGGAGACAGACAGCUCUACCUGCCUGUGCUCUCUAAGGUGAGGAGACAGACAGACUGACUGGGAGGCUGGCUGACAGACACAGACACACACACCCGCGCUCUUGCUCUCUGGGGGUCACAGAGGGUGUGGGGGGUGUGGGAGGGGAGCACAGUGUGUAUGUGUGUGUGAGAGAGAGGGAGAUAAUUUGUUGGCAUAUGGUCAGAGUGUGUGUGGUGGAGAGAGUUUGUUGGCAUGAAGUGUCUGUGUGUAGUCAGUGUGUGCCUGCCUGCGUUCGUGUGUCUCUGUGUGUGUCUCCGUGUGUGUCUCCGUGUGUGUCUCCGUCUGUGUCUCCGUCUGUGUCUCCGUGUGUGUCUCCAUCUCCGUCUGUGUCUCCGUCUGUGUCUGUGUCUGUGUCUCCGUCUGUGUCUCCGUCUGUGUCUCCGUCUGUGUCUCCGUCUGUGUCUCCGUGUGUGUCUCUGUGUGUGUUGACUGCUGUUGAUCUUGGUAACAGGUGCGUCUGCUGAUGGUGAGCCGCAUGGCCAAGCCAGAGGAAGUGCUGGUGGUGGAGAAUGACCAGGGAGAGGUGGUCCGAGAGUUUAUGAAGGAUACAGACUCCAUCAACCUCUACAAGAACAUGAGAGAGACCCUGGGUACGUGGGGGGGGGGGGGGGGGGGGGUGGGGGGGGGGGGGGGGGGGGGGGGGUGCAGGAAACUGAGUGCAGGAACCAGACAAAGCAGGUGUUUGGAAUUGUGUAUGUGUGACUUUAUACAUUUUGACUGAUUCUCUGUUUCCUUUCUGGAUAUCACAUAACUGUACACCACUACAUAUCCAAUAAGGACCAUAGGAUCUAUUGAGUUGACUUACACUCUAAACUCUUUGUGACCGUCUCCUCUCUCUCGCUCGCUCGCUCCUGUCUCUCUCUCGCUCCUCUCUGUCUGCCUCCCUCCUCUCCUCUGUCUCCUCUCAGAGUGUCCGUAGCAGCACCGACAGCUCUACCUGCCUGUGCUCCGUGAGGAGCGCGGCAUGCGCUAUGCGUCAGAGACUUGUCGCCUCUGCCUCUGCUCUGGGGUACAGGGGGGGGGAGAGCCCAUGGCUAGAGAGGAGUAUUUGUACACAGGAGAGUGUUGUCGAGAUUUUGGGAUACAUACUGACAGUUCAUAGGCCCUGGGUCAGUGGGGUGUUGAUCAACCGUGUGUUUGCGUGUCUUUGUGCUGUUCUUUUGCUUUUCUGUGUCUCCUCUUGUUCUGUGCUGUUGCUCGUAUCUGGUACAGGUCUUCAUGGUGCCCUGCUCACAACUCUGUGUGUCCGGAGUGCCAGUUUGAGUCGACUCCUCACUCGUCUGCGCUGUGGCCUUGUGUCCGUCGUGUCUGUCUGCGCUCCUUUGAUUGUGUGUGGCUGCUUCAUUGUACUGUCUCUCUUCUCCUCUCUGCUGUCUCUGUCUGUCUCCUUUCUCGAUCAUCUGCCUGUCGCUACGUACUCUUCUGGUUGCUCUCGUUUGUUGUCUCUUCCGCUCUUGCGUCUGUCGUCUGCUCGUCUCUGUCUCUUCUCUCUGCUCUUCUGCUGUCUCUCUCGUCUGUUCUCUCGGUCUGUCUCUCCUCGUCUUCUGCGUGUCCUUCUCUCUCGUCCUGCGUUGGUCCUCUCUGUCUCUCUUCGUGUCUCUCUCUCUCUUCGCUUGUCUCUCUUCUGCUCUCUGCGUCGCUCUCUCUCUCUUCUCGUUGUCUGCUCUCUCUCUGGUUGUCUCUCUCUCUCUCUCUCGUGUCCUCUCUCUCUCUGCUGUCUCUCUCUCUCUGCGUGUCUUCUCUCUCUCUUGCGUGUCUCUCUCUCUCUGCGUCGUCGUCUCCUCUCUCUCUGCUUGUCUCUCUCUCUCUCUUGCGUUGUCUCUCUCUCUCUGCGUUCUGUCUCUCUCUCUCUUGCGUGUUCUCUCCUCCUCUCUCGCCGUGUCUCUCUCUUCUCUGCGUGUCGUCUCUCUCUCUCUGCGUGUCUCUCUCCUCUCUGCGUGUCUCUCUCUCUCUCUGUUUCCCUCUCUCUCUGCGUGUUUCUCUUGCUUCUCUCCUCUCUGCGUGUCUCUCUCUCUCUGCGUGUCUUCUCUCUCUGCGUGUCUCUCUCUCUCUUGCGUGUCUCUCUCUCUCUGCGUGUCUCUCUCUCUCUGCGUGUCUCUCUCUCUCUGCGUGUCUCUCUCUCUCUGCGUGUCUCUCUCUCUCUGCGUGUCUCUCUCUCUCGCGUGUCUCUCUCUCUCUGCGUGUCUUCUCUUCUCGUCUCUCUCUCUGCGUGUCCUCUCUCUCCUGUCUCUCUGCGUGUCUCUCCUCUCUCUGCGUGUCUCUCUCUCUCUCUCGUGUCUCUCUCCUCUGUCGUCUCGUCUCUCUCUCUCUGCGUGUCUCUCCUCUCGGCUCUUUGCGUGUCUUCUCUCUCGUCUCUGUCUGGUUCUCUCUCUCUCUGCGUGUCUCUCUCUCUCUGCGUGUCUCUCUUCUCUCUGCGUGUCUCUCUCUCUCUGCUGUCUCUCUCUCUGCGUGUCUCUCCUUGCGUCUCUCUCUCUGCGUGCUCUUCUCUCUGGUCUUCUCUCUCUGCGUGUCUCUUCUCUCUCUUCCUUGCUCUCUGCGUGUUCUCUCUUGCGUGUCUCUCUCUCUCUGCGUGUCUCUCUCUCUCUUGCUGUCUCUCUCUCUCUCGCUCGUCUCUGCGUGUCUCUCUCUCUGCGUGUCUCUCUCUGCGUAUGUGUCUCUCUCUCUCUCUCUGCGUGUCUCUCUCUGCGUGUCUCUCUCUGCGUGUCUCUCUCUGCGUGUCUCUCCAGUGUACCUGACCCAUCUGGACUAUGCAGACACGGAGCGGAUAAUGACUGAGAAGCUUCACAACCAGGUGAACGGUACAGAGUGGUCCUGGAAGAACCUCAACACACUGUGCUGGGCUAUAGGGUCCAUCAGUGGAGCCAUGCACGAAGAGGACGAGAAGAGGUUCCUGGUCACCGUCAUCAAGGUACGGAGGCCACCUAGGGACAAGUAUAACGGAGAGAGUAAAAUGGGAUUGAUGUAGAGGGUUGGUGACCAGAAGGUUUUAGGAGAAUGUUGAGCAGAAGCUUUCUCUUUAGCAAGGAAAAGAAUGGGAGUUUCUUUGGUGGAUAUUUAGUUGAACUGAUGGCCAAUGUGAUAGAGAUGCAUAAGGUGCAAGAGGAAAGGAUUUGGUCAGUAAAACAAUGCUGCCACUAAAGGAUAAAAAAUAGUUCAUCUGUUGUCCAAAGACUCUCUGUUAUCCAUCCAUCUGUCUCACUUGUCUGUGUGUGUGUGUGUGUGUGUGUCUGUGUGUGGUGUGUGUGUGUGUGUGUGUGUGUGUGUGUGUGUGUAGGAUCUACUGGGUCUGUGUGAACAGAAAAGGGGGAAAGACAACAAGGCCAUCAUUGCCUCCAACAUCAUGUACAUCGUGGGCCAGUACCCUCGCUUCCUCAGAGCACACUGGAAGUUCCUCAAGACUGUCGUCAAUAAACUCUUUGAGUUCAUGCACGGUGAGAGAACUAACUUUGGCUGUGCAACUGGUUUACAGAGGAAGAUCUGUGUGUGUGUGUUUUCCACCCUGUCUCAAACCCUCCCUCCCUCUCUCUCCCCCCUCCCUCCCUCCCUCUCUCUCCCCCUCCCUCCCUCCCUCUCCCUCCCUCCCUCUCUCUCCCCCUCCCUCCCUCCCUCCCUCCCUCCCCUCUCAGAGACCCAUGAUGGGGUACAGGACAUGGCGUGUGACACCUUCAUCAAGAUCGCCCAGAAGUGCCGUCGCCAUUUUGUCCAGGUGCAGGUGGGGGAGGUGAUGCCCUUCAUCGACGAGAUCCUCAAUAACAUCAACACCAUAAUCUGUGACCUGCAGCCACAACAGGUAGACACACACACACACACACACACACACACACGUGCAAUUAGAUCCUCAACAACAUCAACUCCAUCAUCGUGACCUCUAACCCCAACAGAUAGGUUGGCCUCAGGUCCUAGAAACACACUGACUAGAGAGGACUUUAAUUGUCAUUCACUCAACCCAAACUAAAAGGCGUGUAUCAGGGCCCCCACGUUCAAAUACUCAAACACAGGUCUCUAUCAUGUCUACUGAAAAGACCUGGGAUUUUCAACAUUUCCACAAUGGCCAGUCCAGCCAAUAAACCCCAAAAAGUAUUUCACUGUUCCUUGUAUCUGUGUUCAAUAUUGCUAACGCUGACCAAAGUUACAAACCAGUGACGAUGUUGUGUUUGUGUGUGCUGUAGAAACGCACUGACUUAGAUGUGACCUGAUCUCUCUCCGUCUACUGAGAAGCAUCACACUGACUCAGAGCAGAAUGGAGCGUGUCUGUGUGUCUAUAUCUUAUGUCACAUGUAUCUGUGUGUUGUACAGGUGCAUACGUUCUACGAGGCGGUGGGGUAUAUGAUCGGGGCCCAGACGGACCAGGCAGUACAGGAGCAUAUCAUAGAGAAGUACAUGCUACUGCCCAACCAGGUGUGGGACAGCAUCAUUCAACAGGCCACCAAGGUACCACACUCGUGUAAUAAUGAAUCUAUUCUCUCUGUGAUCAUUCAUUUCCCACUCCUUUCCUAUUUGUACAUGUUUUGUUAAAUAACCUAAAAUAACCCGGUGAGAACGUUACUGGAUAAGGGUAGUGAGUAAAACAGGAAAGGUGGAGGGAGAGAGUUUGCCAGAAGAGCAGUGGGUCUGAUUGGAUCCCAUGCUAGCUAGCAUGGCUACAUACAUGUGUUCUGGAGGUAACCGCUUCAACUGCUACAGCACCCCAGGUCACAGACAGCCCUGUAGUAGCAACCCCUUUCCUGUAGUCAAAUGACCUACUGCUACAGCACCCCAGGUCACAGGCAGACCUGUAGUAGCAACCCCUUUCCUGUAGUCAAAUGACCUACUGCUACAGCACCCCAGGUCACAGGCAGACCUGUAGUAGCAACCCCUUUCCUGUAGUCAAAUGACCUACUGCUACAGCACCCCAGGUCACAGGCAGACCUGUAGUAGCAACCCCUUUCCUGUAGUCAAAUGACCUACUGCUACAGCACCCCAGGUCACAGGCAGACCUGUAGUAGCAACCCCUUUCCUGUAGUCAAAUGACCUACUGCUACAGCACCCCAGGUCACAGGCAGACCUGUAGUAGCAACCCCUUUCCUGUAGUCAAAUGACCUAGUGGCCUCAUGGGUGGAAUGUUAUUCAUAUUUUUCAUAAUUAAUAAACAUUAUUUAAAUGUAAAAAAAACACUGAAAAUCCUGUGUUUCUAUGUAAAACAGUUUUGUUAUAUUUCAGUCUUCUGUGAUGUGUAUAUAAAGUUUAAUAUUGGGAUGCAAACUCAAAAUGGAAUACAUUUCUACUCUAUAUCUGACAUGGUACAGGUGUCUUCUUUUUUUUAAGCCCAUAACCAUGUGUGUGAGGUGUAUACUUUUUGUUUCAAAGUAGUUUUGUUUAAGACUACCAAGAAACACACUGUGACCCUGAUUUACCCCAGUGUGACCCUGAUUUACCCCAGUGCAGUAAAAGGUUAUUAACUUAAUCCAGUCACGUUUCAGUCUGAUCAAUAACCCUGAUCAAGUCACCCACAAACCAGGGACACUGAAUAUACAUCUAUUUUCUCUCUAAUGAUGUCUAGCUGUCUUGAUGGGCUGUUUGUCCAGGACAUAGAUUAAGUCUAGUCCUGGACCAAAACAAAUGAAUCUCCAUUGAAGUUAUUAAUUGUAUAUGAUUGUUUUGUUCUUUGCGAACCCUAGGAAGAGUAGCUGUUGCAGCUUAUUGGCAUUAAUAAACUCAAUAUAAUCAAAAUGAAUAAACGGGUUUAAUCAGAUGUUUCUGCUCUAGCCAACUCCUUUAUCAUUGUCAUGUUUUAACUCGAUCCAUUCACAUUUCAGUGUGAUGAUCACUAAAGUACCCUACAUUACCUUCACACACCCUUCUCUUGAAUCUCCACCCUGCACAGCCAGGAGAGGACUGGCCACCCCUCAGAACCUGGUUCCUCUCUACCCAGUACAACCAGGAGAGGACUGGCCACCCCUCAGAGCCUGGUUCCUCUCUAGGUUUCUUUCUAGGUUCUUGCCUUCUACAGUGUUUUUCCUAGAGACUGUGCUUCUGCCUCUGCAUUGCUUGCUCUUUGGGGUUUUAGGCUGGGUUUCUGUAAAGCACUUGACAUUUGAUUGAUUCAACCCUCUCUGUUAGAACGUAGACAUUCUGAAGGACCCAGAGACAGUGAAGCAGCUGGGCAGCAUCCUGAAGACCAACGUCCGGGCCUGUAAAGCCGUGGGACACCCCUUCGUCAUCCAGUUAGGACGCAUAUAUCUGGACAUGCUCAACGUCUACAAGUGCCUCAGCGAAAACAUCUCCGCAGCCAUCCAGACCAAUGGUCAGUGGGGGUGUGUGGGGUGGCUUGGGGUCUGUGUGUGUCCUCUCUCCUCAUGAGUCUCUUCCCUUGACGGUGUGUCUGUGUGUGUCCUCUCUCCUCAUGAGUCUCUUCUCUUGACGGUGUGUCUGUGUGUCCUCUCUCCUCAUGAGUCUCUUCCCUUGACGGUGUGUCUGUGUGUGUCCUCUCUCCUCAUGAGUCUCUUCCCUUGACGGUGUGUCUGUGUGUGUCCUCUCUCCUCAUGAGUCUCUUCCCUUGACGGUGUGUCUGUGUGUGUCCUCUCUCCUCAUGAGUCUCUUCCCUUGACGGUGUGUCUGUGUGUGUCCUCUCUCCUCAUGAGUCUCUUCCCUUGACGGUGUGUCUGUGUGUGUCCUCUCUCCUCAUGAGUCUCUUCUCUUGACGGUGUGUCUGUGUGUGUCCUCUCUCCUCAUGAGUCUCUUCUCUUGACGGUGUGUCUGUGUGUCCUCUCUCCUCAUGAGUCUCUUCUCUUGACGGUGUGUCUGUGUGUGUCCUCUCUCCUCAUGAGUCUCUUCCCUUGACGGUGUGUCUGUGUGUGUCCUCUCUCCUCAUGAGUCUCUUCUCUUGACGGUGUGUCUGUGUGUCCUCUCUCCUCAUGAGUCUCUUCCCUUGACGGUGUGUCUGUGUGUGUCCUCUCUCCUCAUGAGUCUCUUCCCUUGACGGUGUGUCUGUGUGUGUCCUCUCUCCUCAUGAGUCUCUUCCCUUGACGGUGUGUCUGUGUGUGUCCUCUCUCCUCAUGAGUCUCUUCUCUUGACGGUGUGUCUGUGUGUGUCCUCUCUCCUCAUGAGUCUCUUCUCUUGACGGUGUGUCUGUGUGUGUCCUCUCUCCUCAUGAGUCUCUUCUCUUGACGGUGUGUCUGUGUGUGUCCUCUCUCCUCAUGAGUCUCUUCUCUUGCGGUGUGUCUGUGUGUGUCCUCUCUCCUCAUGAGUCUCUUCUCUUGGCGGUGUGUCUGUGUGUUCCUCUCUCCUCAUGAGUCUCUUCUCUUGGCGGUGUGUCUGUGUGUGUGUCCUCUCUCCUCAUGAGUCUCUUCUCUUGACGGUGUGUGUUUCAGGAGAGAUGGUGACGAAACAGCCCCUGAUCAGAAGUAUGAGGACGGUGAAAAGGGAGACUCUCAAACUCAUCUCCGGCUGGGUUAGCCGAUCCAGCGAUCCACAGAUGGUGAGAUACAGAUAUAUAUAUACAUCUGACAGGAAGAUAUUGGUACUACAUACUGUAUAUCAGAUAUAUUGUUAAUUCAUAUCAGAUAUAUUGUUACUACAUACACUACCGGUCAAAAGUUUUUGUACACCUACUCAUUCCAGGGUUUUUCUUUAUUUUUACUAUUUUCUACAUUGUAUAAUAAUAGUGAAGACAUCAAAACUAUGAAAUAACACAUAUGAAAUAAUGUAGUAACCAGAAAAGUGUUAAACAAAUCACAAUAUAUUUUAUAUUUGAGAUUCUUCAAAUAGCCACAUUUUGCCUUGAUGACAGCUUUGCACACUCUUGGCAUUCUCUCAACCAGCUUCAUGAGGUAGUCACGUGGAAUGCAUUUCAAUUAACAGUUGUGCGUUGUUAAAAGUUAAUUUGUGGAAUUUCUUUCCUUCUUAAUGCAUUUUAGCCAAUCAGUUGUGUUGUGACAAGGUAGGGGGGGUAGCAGAGGUAACUCUGGGUCCUCAUGAGAGCCAGUUUCAUCAUAGCGCUUGAUGGUUUUUGCGACUGCACUUGAAGAAACGUUCAAAGUUGUUAAUGUUCCGUAUUGACUGACUUUCAUGUCUUAAAGUAAUGAUGGACUGUCGUUUCUCUUUCCUUAUUUGAUGGACUUGGUCUUUUACCAAAUAGGGCUAUCUUCUGUAUACCACCCCUACCUUGUCACAACACAACUGAUUGGUCCUGUGGUCCUCUGUAGCUCAGCUGGUAGAGCACGGCGCUUGUAACGCCAAGGUAGUGGGUUCAAUCCCCGGGACCACCCAUACACAAAAAUGUAUGCACGCAUGACUGUAAGUCGCUUUGGAUAAAAGCGUCUGCUAAAUGGCAUAUUAUAUUAUUAUUAUUAUUAUAUUAUUAUUGGCUCAAACGCAUUAAGAAGGAAAGAAAUUCCACAAAUUAACUUUUAACAAGGCACACCUGUUAAUUGAAAUGCAUUCCAGUUGACUACCUCAUGAAGCUGGUUGAGAGAAUGCCAAGAGUGUGCAAAGCUGUCAUAAAGGGUUAAUGGUGGCUAUUUGAAGAAUCUCAAAUAUAAAAUAUAUUUUGAUUUGUUUAACACUUUUUUGGUUACUACAUGAUUCCAUAUGUGUUAUUUCAUAGUUUUGAUGUCUUCACUAUUAUUAUACAAUGUAGAAAAUGGUAAAAAAUAAAGAAAAACCCUGGAAUGAGUAGGUGUUCUAAAACGUUUGACCGAUACUGUAUAUCCCAAUGAAAGACAGCAGAGGUGUUUCAGUGAAAAACUACAUGACAGAAAAAAGACCUAUACAACCUAGACUGUCUAAAGCAGUGCUUGUCAGUCCUGUGUGUACUCCAGGAAUGGAUUGGGAAACUCUUGCCUUAAGAGUUUGAAAGACAACCGUGUCGGUCACUUAGUCCUUAGUAACACACACAAACACACACACACACUGACCUCAGUCCUGUCGUACAAUAACCCAGUGAUAACAUUCCAACAACAUUCCUCCCUCUGCCGCGUUGAUCCGUCCAUUAAUCACGUCCUCUCUUCCCUUCCGGUGUUCCUCCCUUCCAGGUGGGGGAGAACUUUGUUCCGCCGCUGCUCGACGCCGUUCUCAUCGACUACCAGCGCAACGUCCCCGCCGCCCGGGAGCCCGAGGUCCUCAGCACCAUGGCAACCAUCGUCAACAAGCUGGGCGGACACAUCACCGGGGAGAUCCCGCAGAUCUUUGAUGCCGUGUUCGAAUGCACGCUCAACAUGAUCAAUAAAGUAAGUACCACCAUUAUCAAUAGUGGGUAUUGUUAUAAACAUUUGUCAUGAAAGUUGAUCAAAUGUACUCUUAACAUGAUGAAGUCAGUAUAGCUGUAAAUCCUUGACAUAGUUGUCAAAAGUUGUCAAAAUUACAUUUGGUUGUCAAAAGUACAAACCAAACUACCAAAACAUCCAAUGAUGGGAUUUAUAAAUAAAUUAUCUGGGCUCUAAAAUAUGUAAACAACUUUUGGAAAGCUCAUAUUCUGAGUUAGCCAUUAAAAAAGUAUGGGCUACAGAUCUAAUUGAAUAUGAACAACGCUUUAACUGGAACAGAAUAUGGAAUAAUAUGACCUUGGCAUCCCGUAAUCUGAGGGUAGGAAGCAUGGUUUCCGGGUGGGUGGGGACAGGGGGGGAAUGGGUCGGGUUAUCUUUGUAUGCAUUGAUAUGAUUUGUUUUUGUGCCUGUAACCCCCCUCUGAAAAAGAAAAAUGACAACUAAAUAAGUCCAUUUAAUGAGGUAGUUCACUGAGACCCCUUAUUUCCAUAUUGACUGUAGGCGGUCGCUCUUGAUGGAGUGCUGUGCUGCACACGUAUUACAGCAAUUGUUCUACCAAUACCGAGGCCAACCUAUCUUUUUAGUGCCUCCAACUGUUGUCGGUUGGUUGUCAUCAAUAUGUCCCGUCUCUCUCUCCCUCCCUCCAGGACUUUGAGUUGGUUGUCAUCAAUAUGUCCCGUCUCUCUCCCUCCCUCCAGGACUUUGAGUUGGUUGUCAUCAAUAUGUCCCGUCUCUCUCUCCCUCCCUCCCUCCAGGACUUUGAGCAGUACCCCGAACACAGGACUCAUUUCUUCUACCUGCUGCAGGCCGUCAACUCCCACUGUUUCCCAGCAUUCCUGGCCAUCCCGCCAGCCCAGUUCAAACUGGUGCUGGACUCCAUCAUCUGGGCCUUCAAACACACCAUGAGGAACGUGGCCGACACAGGUGAGGCUUGAACGCACGCGCACACACACACACACACACACACACACACACACACACAGGUGCUUUCCUUUACGAAUGACAGCACAGGAUCGAAAUCAUCCACAUGUAUUGAUCACAUCUUUACUAAUGCUGCAGAAAUCUGCUUUAAAGCAGUAUCCAGAUCCAUCGGAUGUAGUGAUCACAAUAUAGUAGCCAUAUCUAGGAAAACCAAAGUUCCAAAUGCUGGGCCUAAUAUAGUGUAUAACAAUACGUUUUGUAGUGAUUCCUAUGUUGAUGAUGUAAAUAAUAUUUGCUGGUCUGUGGUGUGUGAUGUAGCUCAGUUGGUAGAGCAUGGCGUUUGCAACGCCAGGGUUGUGGGUUCGAUUCCCACGGGGGGCCAGUAUGAAAAAAUAAAAUAAUGUAUGCACUCACUAACUGUAAGUCGCUCUGGAUAAGAGCGUCUGCUAAAUGACUAAAAUGUAAAUGUAAUGAGGAGCAACCAGAUGCUGCACUUGACACAUUUAUGAAAUUGCUUAUUCCAGUUACUAGUAAGCAUGCACCCAUUUAAGAAAAUGACUUUAAAAAGUUUAAAUCCUCAUGGAUUGAUGAGUGAUAAAAAGAUAAUGUAUGGUUGAGAGGGAUGAGGUUAAAGGAAUGGCAAAUAAGUCUGGCUGCACAACCGAUUGGCAAAAGUACAGCAAAUUGAGAAAUAAUGUGACUAAACUGAAUUAAAAGAAGAUUAAACUAUACUAUGAAACAAAGAUAAAUGAUUUAAAGAAUGAUAGUAAAAAGCUUUGGCACACCUUAAAUUACAUUUUUGGGAAAAGGGCAAACUCAGCUCCAUCAUUAAUUUGAAUCAGAUUGCUCAUUCAUCAGAAAACCCACUGAUAUUGCCAACUACUUUAAUUAUAUUUUUUUCAUUGCCAAGAUUAGCAAAUUUAGGCAUGACAUGCCAGCAACAAAGUAGAACUGACCAAAUUAUGAAAGGCAAGCAUUGUAAUUUUGAAUUCCGUAAAGUGAGUGUGGAAGAGGUGAACAAAUUAUUGUUGUCUAUCAACAAUGACAAGCCACCUGGGAUGUAAAGCAAUAACGUAUGUGUUAUGGCUUUACACCCCCUGCUAUAUUGUGGAUAAAGAGUUACCUGUCUAACAGAACACAGAGGGUGUUCUUUAAUGGAAGCCUCUCCAACAUACUCCAGGUAGAAUCAGGCAUUCCCCAGGGCAGCUGUCUAGGCCCCUUACUUUUUUCGAUCUUUACUAAUGACAUAAAUAAUAUAAAUAAUAUGACAUUUAGCAGACGCUUUUAUCCAAAGCGACUUAGUCAUGCGUGCAUAUUUUUUUUUUUUCCGUGUAUGGGUGGUCCCGGGGAUCGAACCCACUACCUUGGCGUUACAAGCGCCGUGCUCUACCAGCUGAGCUACAGAGGACCACAUUCCACUGGCCAUGCGUAAAUAAUAAUAAUAAUAAUAAUAUGCCAUUUAGCAGACGCUUUUAUCCAAAGCGACUUACAGUCAUGCGUGCAUACAUUUUUUUUUUUUUUGUGUAUGGGUGGUCCCGGGGAUCGAACCCACUACCUUGGCGUUACAAGCGCCGUGCUCUACCAGCUGAGCUACAGAGGACCACAAAAGCCAGUGUGUCUUUUGUAUGCGGAUGACUCCACACUAUACACGUCAGCUACUACAGCGAGGGAAAUCACUGCAACACUUAACAAAGAGCUGCAGUCAGUUUCAGAAUGGGUGGCAAGAAAUAAGUUAGUCCAUAAUAUUUCAAAAACUAAAAGCAUUGUAUUUGGGCCAAAUCAUUCACUAAACCCUAAACCUCAACUAAAUCUUGUAAUGAAUAAUGUGGAAAUUGAGCAAGUUGAGGUGACUAAACUGCUCUGCCUUCUUAACAGCACUAUCAACAAGGCAGGUCCUACAGACCCUAGUUUUGUCGCACCUGGACUACUGUCUAGUCGUGUUGUCACAAUCCCCAAGUCAAGACUAUGGGAGGCGCACAGUACUACAUAGAGCCAUGACUACAUGGAACUCUAUUCCACAUCAGGUAACUGAUGCAAGCAGCAGAAUCAGAUUUAAAAACCAGAUAAAAAUGCACCUUAUGGAACAGCGGGGACUGUGAGAAGACACACACAUAGGCACAGACACACACGCAUACAUUGCUAAAGCACACACUCUACACACACGUAAGCAUGGAUUUUGUACUGUAGAUACAAUAUAUGUACAAAAGUAUGUGGACACCCUUUCAAAUAAGUGGAUUUGGCUAUUUCAGCCACACCCGUUGUUUACAGGUGUAUAAAAUUGAGCACACAGCCAUGCAAUCUCCAUAGACAAACAUUGGCAGUAGAAUGGCCUUACUGAAGAGCUCAGUGACUUUCAACGUGGCACCGUCAUGGGAUGCCACCUUUCCAACAAGUCAGUUCGUCAAAUUUCUGCCCUGCUAGAGCUGCCCCGGUCAACUGUAAGUGCUGUUGUUGUGAAGUGGAAACAUCUAGGAGCAACAACGGCUCAGACGUGAAGUGGUAGGCCACACAAGCUCACAGAACGGGGCCGCUAAUGCGCGUAGCAUGUAAAAAUAGUCUGUCCUCGGUUGCAACACUCACUACCGAGUUCCAAACUGCCUCUGGAAGUAACGUCAGCACAAUAACUGUUCUUCGCAAGCUUCAUGAAAUGGGUUUCCAUGGCCGAGCAGCCGCACAGAAGCUUAAGGUCACCAUGCGCAACGCCAAGCGUCGGCUGGAGUGGUGUAAAGCUCGCCGCCAUUGGACUCUGGAGCAGUGCAAACGCGUUCUCUGGAGUGAUGAAUCACGCUUCACCAUCUGGCAGUCUGACGGACUAAUCUGAUUUUGGCGAAUGCCAGGAGAACGCUACCUGCCCCAAUUCCUAGUGCCAACUGUAAAGUUUGGUGGAGGAGGAAUAAUGGUCUGGGGCUGUUUGUCAUGGUUCGGGCUAUUAGUUCCAAUGAAGAGAAAUGCACAAAGCGAGGUCUAACUGGUUUGUGGAGAUCGGUGUGGAAAGACUUGACGGGCCUGCACAGAGCCCUGACCUCAACCCCAUCAAACACCUUUAGGAUGAAUUGGAACGCCGACUGCGCGUGGAAAGCCUUCUCAGAAGAGUGGAGGCUGUUAUAGCAGCAAAGGGGAGACCAACUCCAUAUUAAUGCCCAUUAUUUUGGAAUGCCAUGGGUGGGGGUGGGCCCUCCCUGGGGGUGGGCCCUCCCCUCCCAGGCCCACCCAUGGCUACACCCCUGCCCAGUCAUGUGAAAUCGAUAGAUUAGGGCCUAAUGAAUUUAUUUCAUUUGACUGAUUUUAUUUUCAUUUAAAUCUUUGAAAUUGUUGCAUGUUGCGUUUUUAUAUUUUUGUUCAGUAUGUGAUAUAUAUUGUCUAUGUUCCUGUGGCAGGUCUUCAGAUCCUGUAUAUAUAUGAUAUAUAUUGUCUAUGUUCCUGUGGCAGGUCUUCAGAUCCUGUAUAUAUAUGAUAUAUAUUGUCUAUGUUCCUGUGGCAGGUCUUCAGAUCCUGUAUAUAUAUGAUAUAUAUUGUCUAUGUUCCUGUGGCAGGUCUUCAGAUCCUGUAUAUAUAUGAUAUAUAUUGUCUAUGUUCCUGUGGCAGGUCUUCAGAUCCUGUACAGUGGGGAAAAAAAGUAUUUAGUCAGCCACCAAUUGUGCAAGUUCUCCCACUUAAAAAGAUGAGAGAGGCCUGUAAUUUUCAUCAUAGGUACACGUCAACUAUGACAGACAAAUUGAGGAAAAAAAAUCCAGAAAAUCACAUUGAAGGAUUUUUAAUGGAUUUAUUUGCAAAUUAUGGUGGAAAAUAAGUAUUUGGUCAUCUACAAACAAGCAAGAUUUCUGGCUCUCACAGACCUGUAACUUCUUCUUUAAGAGGCUCCUCUGUCCUCCACUCGUUACCUGUAUUAAUGGCACCUGUUUGAACUUGUUAUCAGUAUAAAAGACACCUGUCCACAACCUCAAACAGUCACACUCCAAACUCCACUAUGGCCAAGACCAAAGAGCUGUCAAAGGACACCAGAAACAAAAUUUUAGACCUGCACCAGGCUGGGAAGACUGAAUCUGCAAUAGGUAAGCAGCUUGGUUUGAAGAAAUCAACUGUGGGAGCAAUUAUUAGGAAAUGGAAGACAUACAAGACCACUGAUAAUCUCCCUCGAUCUGGGGCUCCACGCAAGAUCUCACCCCGUGGGGUCAAAAUGAUCACAAGAAUGGUGAGCAAAAAUCCCAGAACCACACAGGGGGACCUAGUGAAUGACCUACAGAGAGCUGGGACCAAAGUAACAAAGCCUACCAUCAGUAACACACUACGCCGCCAGGGACUCAAAUCCUGCAGUGCAAGACGUGUCCCCCUGCUUAAGCCAGUACAUGUCCAGGCCCGUCUGAAGUUUGCUAGAGUGCAUUUGGAUGAUCCAGAAGAGGAUUGGGAGAAUGUCAGAUGAAACCAAAAUAUAACUUUUUGGUAAAAACUCAACUCGUCGUGUUUGGAGGACAAAGAAUGCUGAGUUGCAUCCAAAGAACACCAAACCUACUGUGAAGCAUGGGGGUGGAAACAUCAUGCUUUGGGGCUGUUUUUCUGCAAAGGGACCAGGACGACUGAUCCGUGUAAAGGAAAGAAUGAAUGGGGCCAUGUAUCGUGAGAUUUUGAGUGAAAACCACCUUCCAUCAGCAAGGGCAUUGAAGAUGAAACGUGGCUGGGUCUUUCAGCAUGACAAUGAUCCCAAACACACCGCCCGGGCAACGAAGGAGUGGCUUCGUAAGAAGCAUUUGAAGGUCCUGGAGUGGCCUAGCCAGUCUCCAGAUCUCAACCCCAUAGAAAAUCUUUGGAGGGAGUUGAAAGUCCGUGUUGCCCAGCGACAGCCCCAAAACAUCACUGCUCUAGAGGAGAUCUGCAUGGAGGAAUGGGCCAAAAUACCAGCAACAGUGUGUGAAAACCUUGUGAAGACUUACAGAAAACGUUUGACCUGUGUCAUUGCCAACAAAGGGUAUAUAACAAAGUAUUGAGAAACUUUUGUUAUUGACCAAAUACUUAUUUUCCACCAUAAUUUGCAAAUAAAUUCAUAUAAAAUCCUACAAUGUGAUUUUCUGGAUUUUAUUUCUCAUUUUGUCUGUCAUAGUUGACGUGUACCUAUGAUGAACAUUACAGGCCUCUCUCAUCUUUUUAAGUGGGAGAACUUGCACAAUUGGUGGCUGACUAAAUACUUUUUUUCCCCACUGUAUAUAUAUGAUAUAUAUUGUCUAUGUUCCUGUGGCAGGUCUUCAGAUCCUGUAUAUAUAUGAUAUAUAUUGUCUAUGUUCCUGUGGCAGGUCUUCAGAUCCUGUACACUCUACUGCAGAACGUGACUCAGGAAGAGGCUGCAGCACAAAGCUUCUACCAGACAUACUUCUGUGACAUCCUCCAACACAUCUUCUCUGUGGUCACCGACACAUCACACACUGCCGGUGAGUACAGCAUACACACACACACACACACACACACACCUAGCUAGCACAUUUGGUUCCUUGGAAGUUGUGGGAACUGAAGUUUUUGGUUUCCCAUUGGUUCUGGGAACGAAGCCAUACGUUUCCUGACUGGUAAACGGAAAGUUUUUUAAAAAGUUCUGAGAACGGAAGUGAACAUUCUGCCUGUUCUGGGAACUUACAUUUUUAGGUUGCUGUGAGGUUCUGAGAACGUUUUACUCUGGUUCCUUGAAAGUUUUCUUGGAAGGUUUUAUUAAUUCUCUGAGAACGGAAAUUCUAGGUAAUUUUUAGGUUUUUCAAUAACUUCCUUAAAACAUUCACUAAAUGUUUCUGAGACUUGUAAUAAAACUGCUAGCUUAUUUUGGGUUAACUUUUUUUGAACUCCAAGCACAGAUGGCAUACAUGGAAAUGCAUUUCCUUAGGCAUUAAUCAUGCAAACACAUAGUGAUGUGGGGGAAAUAUAUACAGUUACAUAUUGGGAUAUUAUUUUUGACGAUGUAUCGGUUUGACAAUAUCGCAAUAUUAUUUUUGCGCUAGUUGGCUGUACCUGCACCAAAACUCUAGUAUUUUUCCUUCAUAGCUUGUCCUCCAUCUUUUUAAAUAGGGAGUCAAUUUGUUUUCAGCACUUAUUUCCAUGGCUUUAUUUCCAACUCGUUUUCUCAUGGCUCUCUCUUGUCCCUCUGCAGCAGACAUAUAUGGUGAGAAAUAUGUUUGGAACAUCAAAUCGCAAUAAAAUCACAGUAUCGAAUACAUAUCAUAUCAGCACUUAAGUAUUGUGAUAAUUUUGUAUCGUGAGGUCGCUGGCAAUUCUCAGCCGUACAAGCAUAUUUCUUUUUUUAUUAUGACACGGCAUCAGUGUGAUUCUAACCUAUAGUCUUCUAUUCUCUAUCCAUGGAAUUAGUCCACUGCACCACAAGAAUGGAGCUAGCAUGCCAUGAUUUUUUACGCAUACAAAGCUGUUCAUUUUAGUCUAUUCAAACAGACCCCAUUUCAAAGGAAAAAAAGCACUCAUUAAGAUGAGGUGUGGCCAAUUAGUGGGCGCGGCCAACACCUGAACACGCUUAACAAGAUAGAGUUUUGUUGAUGCUGAGAACGGAAUGUAUAUGGUUUUAAAUAACAUUCUUAGAACAUUACAAAAGUUGACUUGUGUUUUUUAUGGAAUGUUUUCUUCACAUUCUGAGAACGGAAUGUAUGUUUUUAAAUUACAUUCUUAGAACGUUCUCUGAACGUUACUAAUGUUUUCUUGUGUUCUUUUAUAGAACGUUUUUUUAACGUUCUUGGAACAAUUUGAGAACAUGAUUUUAAAUAGAACCAUGAGGAAACCUGUAGGAAACGUUAUGCUGAAUUACUGAAAUUCCCACAGAAGAACAUUGUUUCUUAAUGUUCUCUGGACUAUUUGAGAACAUUCCCAAUGUCAAACCAGUUGGAGAACGUUCCUAGAACAUUACCAAAAUUGUAACCAUGUAAAUGUAAUCAUGUUUGAACUUUUAGGAAACUUUCUGUUAAAGUAAUGAUAUACCAAGGAAAUAAAGUUUUGUUUUCUCAAGUUCCUUAAAUGUGCUGAGAAUGUUCCAAAGCCAAGCAACUAUGCUGCACCAUUCCCAGAAAGUUGUGGAACGGUUGUAUGCAAAAUAGCCAUAGGACAACCACACUCUCACCAAGCUCUAAGAUACAUAUGGUUCUCAGAACGCUAUGUGCUAGCUGGGGGACACACACACACACAGAACACACGUCGUUCUGUGUUACCAUUUGUAUAAAUCCAUAUCAACUAAAUGUGCGUGUGUGUGUGUCUCUCUCUGCCUCUCCUCCAGGCCUGACGAUGCAUGCCUCCAUCCUGACCUACAUGUUUAACCUGGUGGAGGAAGGAAAGAUCAACACCCAGCUCAACCCCUCCAACCCCGGCAACAACCAGGUCUUCAUACAGGAGUACGUGGCCAACCUGCUCAAAACGGCCUUCCCACAUCUACAGGAGUAAGUACCUUUAUGAAGAAGGUGACCCCUUGUAAAAAAAUUUUUUGCAUUUGACCUUACUGCCAAUGUUCCCUCUAAUGUUUUUCAGCACUGAGUAAAUUUCAGGUCUGCUGAGCGAAAACUUUAACGUUGUGAAACUUCAGUGCAACUUCCAGCGCGUGUUUACUGUGAACACUGAGGCUGUACCCGCUUUAACUUACAGAUAUAACAGUGGACAAGUAGGCUACUGUGGCUAUUUGAUCAUAAUGUAGGCCUACCAGAGUGGCCUACCAUCAAAACAAUGGAGAAAAAUGCAUCCCAUAACAUUUUAACAUGGAAAUAGCUGUUCUAUCAUUCAGCCUACAGUAGCAGCCAAUGUGUGGUGUUAAACGUAGGCCUACAUUCCAUGAGACCUUUGAAAAAAACAUGCAGGGCUUGACAUUAACCUGUUUAUCCACUUGUCCUUCAGACAAGGAGGUGACUGAAAAUGUUGUUGUGGUGUUUGAUGCAAGAAAGCACUUAACAAAAUAAAAUGCAUCAUUAUUCCCAUCCCAUUUUUACAGAGAAUCAGGCAAAUUAUGCUACCCUCUGCCUAUUGGCUACUUAUCUUAUUCAAGCCUGUCUCAAAAUACAACACUGCCCCUUUAAAACAAAAAAAAAGCUCUUUACCUGAAUCACUUUUCAAAGAUGUCUAAAAAUGCACACAUUUUGUGCUCUUGUAAGAACCAAUCACUCCCCCAUUGCUGACUACAAAUUAUCUAUAACUGGGCUAAUAAGUCACUAACUAGCAAAGGAUGAGAACAAAUGUACACACGUGCACACGUCGCUCUCGCUUUGGUCACAAAACAAGCGCAUCUACUCACAACCGCUCAUGCUGUAAAAACAGUUCAAAGUGAACGGCACAGAACCAUUAUAUGGACAAAAGCUGAAGAACAGAGGAGUUGUAGAUUAACUAAAGGAAAACGCUGCACAGAUCCAUAUAUGGCAGUGGUCUAUUUGCAUAUAGGCCCUACUACAGCUCUGAUUGGUUAAGGUGCACCAGUCUGUGUAUAGGACAGGCCUGCGUCGUGGCUGUUAAUGCACUCAAUCUACACACAAUACCCCAUAAUGACAAAGCGAAAACAGGUAUUUAUUUUAUUUUUUACUAUAAAAAAUUGAAAUACCUUAUUUACAUAAGUAUUCAGACCUUUUUGCUAUGAGCCUCAAAAUUGAGCUCCGGUGCAUCCUGUUUCCAUUGAUCAUCCUUGAGAUGUUUCUACAACUUGAUUGGAGUCCACCUGUGAUAAAUUCAAUUGAUUGGACAUGAUUUGGAAAGGCACACACCUGUCUAUAUAAGGUCCCACAAUUGACAGUGCAUGUCAGAGCAAAAACCAAGCCAUGAGGUUGAAGAAAUUGUCGGUAGAGCGCUCCUAGACAGGAUUAUGUCUAGGUACAGAUCUGGGGAAGGGCUGCUAAAAAAAUGUGGCAGCAUUGAAGGUCCCCAGGAACACAGUGGCCUCCAUCAUUCUUAAAUGGAAGAAGUUUGGAACCCCCAAGACUCUUCCUAGAGCUGGCCGGCCAAACUGAGCAAUUGGGGGAGAAGGGACUUGGUCAGGGAGGUGACCAAGAACCCGAUGGUCACUCUGACAGAGCUCCAGAGUUCCUCUGUGGAGAUGGGAGAACCUUCCAGAAGGACAACCAUCUCUGCAGCACUCCACCAAUCAGGCCUUUAUGGUAGAGUGGCCAGACGGAAGCCACUCCUCAGUAAAAGCCACAUGACAGCCCGCUUGGAGUUUGCCAAAAGGCACCUAAAGACUCUCAGACUAUGAGAACCAAGAUUCUCUGGUCUGAUGAAACCAAGAUUGAACUCUUUGGCCUGAAUGCCAAGCGUCACGUCUGGGGGAAACCUGGCACCAUCCCUACAGUGAAGCAUGGUGGUGGCACCAUCCCUGCUGUAGGGAUGUUUUUCAGCGGCAGGGACUGGGAGACUAGUCAGGAUUGAGGGAAAGAUGAGCGGAGCAAAGUACAGAGAUGAAAACCUGCUCCAGAGCACUCAGGACCUCAGACUGGGGUGACGAUUCACCUUCCAACAGGACAACGCCCCUAAGCACACAGCCAAGACAACGCAGGAGUGGCUACGGGACAAGUCUCUGAAUGUCCUUGAGUGGCCCAGCCAGAGCCCGGACUUGAACCCAAUCGACCAUCUCUGGAGAGAUCUGAAAAAUAGCUGUGCAGCGACGCUCCCCAUCCAACCUGACAGAGCUUGAGAUGAUCUGCAGAGAAGAAUGGGAGAAACUCUCCAAAUACAGGUGUGCCAAGCUUGUAGUGUCAUACCCAAGAAGACUCAAGGCUGUAAUCGCUGCCAAAGGUGUUCAACAAAGUACUGAGUAAAGGGUCUGAAUACUUAUGUACAUUUGAGAUAUAUAUAUGUAUAAUUUUUUUUCAAAAUAUAUAUAUACACGUUUGCAAACAUUUCUAUAAAACCUGUUUUUGCUUUGGCAUAAUGGUGUAUUGUGUGUAGAUUGGUGAGGGAAAAAAACUAUUUAAUCCAUUUUAGAAUAAGGCUGUAACGUAACAAAAUGUGAAAAGUCAAGGGGUCUGAAUACUUUCCGAAUGCACUGUAAAUACCCAUAUACAGUGAGGGAAAAAAGUAUUUGAUCCCCUGCUGAUUUUGUACGUUUGCCCACUGACAAAGACAUGAUCAGUCUAUAAUUUGAAUGGUAGGUUUAUUUAAACAGUGAGAGACAGAAUAACAACAAAAGAAUCCAGAAAAACGCAUGUCAAAAAUGUUAUAAAUUGAUUUGCUUUUUAAUUAGGGAAAUAAGUAUUUGAUCCCUCUGCAAAACAUGACUUAGUACUUGGUGGCAAAACCCUUGUUGGCAAUCACAGAACUCAGACGUUUCUUGUAGUUGGCCACCAGGUUUGCACACAUCUCAGGAGGGAUUUUGUUCCACUCCUCUUUGCAGAUCUUCUCCAAGUCAUUAAGGUUUCGAGGCAGACGUUUGGCAACUCGAGCCUUCAGCUCCCUCCACAGAUUUUCUAUGGGAUUAAGGUCUGGAGACUGGCAAGGCCACUCCAGGACCUUAAUGUGCUUAUUCUUGAGCCACUCCUUUGUUGCCUUGGCCGUGUGUUUUGGGUCAUUGUCAUGCUGGAAUACCCAUCCAUGACCCAUUUUCAAUGCCCUGGCUGAGGGAAGGAGGUUCUCACCCAAGAUUUGACGGUACAUGGCCCCGUCCAUCGUCCCUUUGAUGCAGUGAAGUUGUCCUGUCCCCUUAGCAGAAAAACACCCCCAAAGCAUAAUGUUUCGACCUCCAUGUUUGACGGUGGGGGUGGUGUUCUUGGGGUCAUAGGCAGCAUUCCUCCUCCUCCAAACACGGUGAGUUGAGUUGAUGCCAAAGAGCUCGAUUUUGGUCUCAUCUGACCACAACACUUUCACCCAGUUCUCCUCUGAAUCAUUCAGAUGUUCAUUGGCAAACUUCAGACGGCCCUGUAUAUGUGCUUUCUUGAGCAGGGGGACCUUUCGGCGCUGCAGGAUUUCAGUCCUUCACGGCGUAGUGUGUUAGCAGUUGUUUUCUUGGUGACUAUGGUCCCAGCUGCCUUGAGAUCAUUGACAAGAUCCUCCUGUGUAGUUCUGGGCUGAUUCCUCACCGUUCUCAUGAUCAUUGCAACUCCACGAGGUGAGAUCUUGCAUGGAGCCCCAGGCCGAGGGAGAUUGACAGUUCUUUUGUGUUUCUUCCAUUUGCGAAUAAUCGCACCAACUGUUGUCACCUUCUCACCAAGCUGCUUGGCGAUGGUCUUGUAGCCCAUUCCAGCCUUGUGUAGGUCUACAAUCUUGUCUCUGACAUCCUUGGAGAGCUCUUUGGUCUUGGCCAUGGUGGAGAGUUUGGAAUCUGAUUGAUUGCUUCUGUGGAAAGGUCUCUUUUAUACAGGUAACAAGCUGAGAUUAGGAGCACUCCCUUUAAGAGUGUGCUCGUAAUCUCAGCUCAUUACCUGUAUAAAAGUCACCUGGGAGCCAAAUCUUUCUGAUUGAGAGGGGGUCAAAUACUUAUUUCCCUCAUUAAAAUGCAAAUCAAUUUAUAAAAAAAUGUACAUGUGUUUUUCUGGAUUUUGUUGUUGUUAUUCUGUCUCUCACUGUUCAAAUAAACCUACCAUUAAAAUUGUAGACUGAUCAUUUCUUUGUCAGUGGGCAAACGUACAAAAUCAGCAGGGGAUCAAAUCCUUUUUUACCUCACUGUACCUACAGUAAGGUCUGUUCCCUCAGUGUCUGAUGUUAGUCUUCAGGUUUCUCCUGUUUUUCUUUAUUUGAAUUGAUUUGAUUUGUCAGUCAAACCCAACAUGCAGUAUAUACAGUACGUCAUGUGUUUCUGUCAAACCCAAUAUGCAGUAUAUACAGUACGUCAUGUGUUUCAGUCAAACCCAACAUACAGUAUAUACAGUACGUCAUGUGUUUCAGUCAAACCCAACAUGCAGUAUAUACAGUACGUCAUGUGUUUCAGUCAAACCCAACAUACAGUAUAUACAGUACGUCAUGUGUUUCAGUCAAACCCAACAUGCAGUAUAUACAGUACGUCAUGUGUUUCAGUCAAACCCAACAUGCAGUAUAUACAGUACGUCAUGUGUUUCAGUCAAACCCAACAUGCAGUAUAUACAGUACGUCAUGUGUUUCAGUCAAACCCAACAUGCAGUAUAUACAGUACGUCAUGUGUUUCAGUCAAACCCAACAUGCAGUAUAUACCAGUACGUCAUGUGUUUCACGUCAAACCGAACAUGCAGUAUAUACAGUACGUCAUGUGUUCAGUCAAACCCAACAUGAUAAUACAGUACGUCAUGUGUUUCAGUCAACCCAACAUGCAGCUAUUAUACAGUACGUCAUGUGUUUCAGUCAAACCCACAUGCAGUAUAUACAGUACGUCAUGUGUUUCAGUCAAACCCAACAUACAGUAUAUACAGUACGUACAUGUGUUUCAGUCAAACCCCACAUGACAGUAUAUACAGUACGUCAUGUGUUUCAGUCAAACCCAACAUGCAGUAUAUACAGACGUCAUGUGUUUCAGUCAAACCCAACAUGGCGUAUAUACAGUAAGUCAUGGUUCAGUCAACCCAACAGGUCAUGGGGUUCAGUCAAACCCAACAUGCAGUAUAUACAGUACGUUCAUGUGUUUCAGUCAAACCCAACAUCAGUAUAUACAGUACGUCAUGUGUUUCAGUCAAACCCAACAUACAGUAUAUACAGUACGUCAUGUGUUUUCAGUCAAACCCAAACAUGACAGUAAUACAGUACGUCAUGUGUUUCAGUCAAACCCAACAUGCAGUAUAUACAGUACGUCAUGUGUUUCAGUCAAACCCAACAUGCAGUAGUAUAUAGUGUGUUUUGAAGUGUCUGGGAUAGCCUUAUCCAUGGUGGAUAGAUACAGAGAGGAAUGAGGUAUAAAUGUACGGCUAGGAUCCAAACCCCGGCUCGGCCCGGAGGAGGGUCAUGGUGUGGUCCAGAGUCAGCCGUUCCACCACGACUAGAGCGCUGUUGUCCUGUUUUUAAAUGUCUUCUAAGUUGUCUUGUCCCCCUUGUCUCCCAGUGCCCAGGUCAAGGUGUUUGUAACAGGGCUGUUCAGUCUAAACCAGGAUAUUGCAGCCUUCAAGGAGCACCUGAGGGACUUCCUGGUUCAGAUUAAGGUGAGCCUUCUCCUUCCCCCUCCUCCCCUUCAACCAAGUUUCCUCAGUAAAAAUGACCGUGGGUGCAUUCAAGGUCAUCUUUAUUGCAGUCAGAUUAUGAGAACCACAUUUCAUGGAAAAGUCUGUCUUUGUAUUUAUACACACGGACACCACAGACCUGUUGCUGUCUGUAUUUGUGUGUGGUAAUGUUUCUCUCUCCCCUCCUGUAGGAGUUUGCAGGGGAGGACACCACAGACCUGUUGCUGUCUGUAUUUGUGUGUGGUAAUGUUUCUCUCUCUCUCCCCUCCUGUAGGAGUUUGCAGGGGAGGACACCACAGACCUGUUGCUGUCUGUAUUUGUGUGUGGUAAUGUUUCUCUCUCUCUCCCCUCCUGUAGGAGUUUGCAGGGGAGGACACCACAGACCUGUUGCUGUCUGUAUUUGUGUGUGGUAAUGUUUCUCUCUCUCUCCCCUCCUGUAGGAGUUUGCAGGGGAGGACACCACAGACCUGUUGCUGUCUGUGUUUGUGUGUGGUAAUGUUUCUCUCUCCCCUCCUGUAGGAGUUUGCAGGGGAGGACACCACAGACCUGUUGCUGUCUGUGUUUGUGUGUGGUAAUGUUUCUCUCUCUCUCUCCCCUCCUGUAGGAGUUUGCAGGGGAGGACACCACAGACCUGUUGCUGUCUGUGUUUGUGUGUGGUAAUGUUUCUCUCUCCCCUCCUGUAGGAGUUUGCAGGGGAGGACACCACAGACCUGUUGCUGUCUGUGUUUGUGUGUGGUAAUGUUUUCUCUCUCUCUCCCCUCCUGUAGGAGUUUGCAGGGGAGGACACCACAGACCUGUUGCUGUCUGUAUUUGUGUGUGGUAAUGUUUCUCUCUCCCCUCCUGUAGGAGUUUGCAGGGGAGGACACCACAGACCUGUUGCUGUCUGUAUUUGUGUGUGGUAAUGUUUCUCUCUCUCUCCCCUCCUGUAGGAGUUUGCAGGGGAGGACACCACAGACCUGUUGCUGUCUGUGUUUGUGUGUGGUAAUGUUUCUCUCUCUCUCCCCUCCUGUAGGAGUUUGCAGGGGAGGACACCACAGACCUGUUCCUGGAGGAGCGGGAGGCGUCGCUGCGUCAGGCGCAGGAGGAGAAACACAAGCUGCAGAUGUCAGUUCCCGGCAUCCUCAACCCCCACGAAAUACCUGAGGAGAUGUGUGACUGA